CCCCUGGCGGUCGGGAUGGUCCGUCCCGUUCCUUCGGUGGGAGGAGGAGGAGGAGGAGGAGGGGCGGCGGGCGCGACGCCUCCCCGCGCAGCGACACACGGACCCGGCGCUGCGAAGGGAAGGAGGCGGAGGAGGAGGCUGCGCUGCCGAGCCGUAGCGGCGGCGGUUGCUGCUGCUGCUGCUGCUGCUGCUGCCGAGAACGGAGCCCCCAGCAUGGCCGGGUCCAUUGUGGCGGCGGACGCUCCGCCGGCUCCUCCCGGCCGCCGCCGCCGCCGCUGCUCGUCCUCUUCCCCUCCAUCUCGGCUCUGUUGCCGCCGCCGCCCGGCUGCGCCCGCCCUGCCCGGCUUGCUCUCGCUGGGCUUGCUCCUCUCUCGCGUCUGCUGCGGUGCCUUAGCUGGACCAAAAGUUGAUCCACGUGUGAGAGCAGUAUGGGGGAAGAGUGUUACACUGAAAUGCAUAAUUGAUAUAAAUGAAACAUUAACACAGAUUACAUGGGAGAAAAUGCAUGGAAAGACUCCACAGACUAUUGCUGUACAUCAUCCUGAUUAUGGAUUUUCCGUUCAAGGAGAAUAUCAAGGAAGAGUAUUUCUUAAGAAUGCCUCACUUACAGAUGCAUCAAUCAUCCUAACAAAUAUUACCUUCUCUGAUUCUGGAGAAUAUGUAUGCAAAGCAGCUACAUUUCCUCUAGGAAGUUCCCAGUCAUCAACAACUGUAACUGUGUUGGUUGAACCAGUCGUGAGCCUAAAAAAGGGACCAAAUGCUUUAAUUGAUGGUGCCAAUCAGACACUUGCCGCAAUUUGCACAGCAGCCACCGGAAAACCAGCUGCAGAGGUUCUCUGGGAAGGUAGUCUUGGUGAAAUGGAAUCCACUUCAACUUCAUAUCCCAAUGAAACUGUGACAGUGGAGAGUAAAUACAAAGUGGUCCCCACAAGAUUUGCAAGAGGAAGGCAUAUAACAUGUGUUGUGAAACAUCCAGCCUUGGAAAAGGAGAUUAGAAUGGUGUAUGUGCUUGACAUUCAAUAUUCCCCCGAGGUUACAGUGACUGGGUAUGAUGGAAACUGGUAUAUCGGAAGAGAGAAUGUUUUACUCAGGUGUAAUGCUGAUGCAAAUCCACUGCCAAUGGAGUUUACAUGGAGUCGGUUGGAUCGACAUUGGCCUGAAGGUUUACAGCCUUUAAACAAUACUCUGCAUUUCAACAGUCCAUUGACAUAUAAUUAUACUGGAACUUAUGUUUGUACAGUGGCUAAUCCACUUGGUCAAAAAAGUGAUCAAAAGACUAUCUACAUACUAGAUGUUCCAUUUAAGCAGUCGUCAUCAGUAGCUGUAGCUGGGGCUGUAAUAGGAGCAGUACUUGCUCUCUUUAUCAUUACCAUCUUUGUGACAGUACUACUGACUCCCAGAAAGAAAAGGCCCUCUUACAUGGACAAAAUGAUUGAUCUUCCACCAACACACAAGCCUCCGUCUUCAUAUGAAGAAAGAGCUUUUUCCUUGUCUCAGAAAGAAAUAAUUCUUCCAAAGAUGGUAAACUGCAGGCAACUGAGCUAUGAAGAAGAAAAUUCCUUGGCUCAGGAUAGCCAUCAGCAAAUGUGCCCAGCUUUCAAGCAAACAAAUUGCAAAGACUGGAGCAGCAAGAAGCAUCCUGAGCCAGACAAUAGAAGAGUGUAUAUCAAUCCCAGGGAACAUUAUGUUUGACUUCUCACCUGUAAAUUGAUGAUCAAAAGUAAUAUGACUUUUCUAAUAACUGUUUUAUAUCAUAUGGAUUUCUAGCUUAUAUGAUUUAGGUUCAGUGAAUGCUUUCCCUUCUCUUAUUGUAGAAAAAAUGAGGCAAAGGAAAUGGGAAUAGUAGUAAAACUCAAAUUUGUAGAGAACAGUGUUUCUUAAUGCUUUACUACAGUAAAUAUGUCUACCACAGAUUUCUGUGUAUUUUGAAAUUUCUAUGUAUUUUUAUUCAACUCGGAUGGGGGUAUAAUGGUGAAAUUGAAACGAAUUUUUCUUAGCUAUUCCUCUGAAUUGUUUCUACCUAACUAACCCUAUAAUAUUUACUGCUGUGAGUUUGUCCAAUCUCCCUCACUCGGCAGCUUCAUUGAUUGGCUGCUGCUUUUUGGAGUAUGGAAAGUUGCAUUGCAAUGACAUUGCAUCAUGUGUUUUGUAAUCUUAGAUAUUACUGGAAGGGAGAAGAGAAGACAUGGGGUCUUGCAUUUGGCUACAGCCAUGAAUGCUUGUAGAACAGUAAAAACCAAAUUCUCAUUUACUGAUUUGUUGCCUUUUAAGAAAUGCUGGAAGGUGUUGCCUACUUCAUAAAUGGAUGGUUUUGCUAUUGUCCUGGGUUAAUGCUAGCCUAAAUCGUUACCUUGCCAUUUAAAACAGUGGAGCACAACUUUUCAGGAUUCACUUUCAUACCAGUGAUUCUUACCUGAAUCAGAUUUUUUUGGUCAUUCGCUUAAUCAGGCAUACCAGAAGUAAAAAUUGGAAUAUUGAAAAGGUAAAGAGUGACUUCAUGUACUACAGAAAGAGAAAUAAAAACAACGUAGCAAAAAUAAUGGAUAAGCUGUUUGUUUUUGUUCCAUUACUUACGUGAGUGUAGAAAACAAUUUAACAGGGAACCCAGUUGGAUGCAGUUUCCCCUGAAUUUCCCAUAUUUAGUAUUUUUUAGCUAAUUUCUUUGGCCCAAUUAUGUGUAAUCCCGUAGUCAUAAAGGGCUCCUACGUUCAGUCUUUUCAUUUACGUUGCAAGAUGCAUCGACCAGUUACUUUGCUGCUUUGUUCUCAAAUGUAGUAAAAGGUUGGCUUCACCUAAUGUGUCUUAUUUAGACCUGCAAACAAGUGGGGAGGUCCUAUCAUGCUGCCAAUAACAGGCCAGUGGGAGGUGUAGAUAGUUCUACAAGCCUACAUUUCAUUGGUUUUCAUCCUUAUUAUGUGGAACAAUGUUAAAGGUUCCAUGGGGUUUAUAGAAAUGCAAAUAGGCCUUUGAACAGAGUUUCAAGUUUAUUGCUGAAGGUAAGUAGCAAAAUAAAUGGCAAGUAACCUUGAAAUGCAAAUUAUGUACUAAGAUGUAGCUUUUAUGUAAAAAGCCUGGCUAAGUCAAUUGUGCCUGUACAAAACAAAUGCAUUUCAGUUCUAUAUGUAAAGAGGUGUAGCGUGAUUUAGGUGCACGUUUGCCUACAUGAUUUUGUGUUUUGAGCACAGAGCUAAGAAAAAUGGAUGAGGUAUGUAUAGGGAGAUUAAUGAAUUUAGAGCAGACUAUAAAGUUUCAAUAAAGAUGAAUUUGAUACACUG